GAGUAUAGUUCUCGAGGCAGCGGCUCCGAAAAAACCGACUUCGCCGCUUCCUUCCACCUUUUUACCGCCACCUUCGCUUACAUGCGUCUCGCACUCGGUGCCGCGCGCGCGGAGCGUGCGCUCCGCUGCUGCGUCGUCGCUGCCCGUGCGCACCCUCGCACGUGAGCGUGCUCCGUAAUAGUGCGACAAGUGCUCCGAUAGCAGAGUGUGCUCAGUGCCGUAUCCUGUACUCGCGUGCUCACAUGUUUGUUGUUUAUCAGCGGCCAGGCGUAUCCGUUGUCGGAGAGCGGUCCGUCGGAGCCGCAGGCGAACGGCAGCGGUGAGGCCCAGCAUCAGACGCAGCAACAAGCCCAGCAACAGGCGCAACAACAGCAGCAGCAGCAACAACAGCAGCAGCAACAGCAGCAGCAGCAGUCGGCUGGUGGUGACUUUCUACGCAGGAGCCAUCCGCUCAGCGAGCACGCGGCGCUACACUCGGCCUACAGGCUCAACUACAUGGACCACCUCCUCCAUCUGCAGGCCUCCACGCAUAGCCCCAGCGCCUCCUUGCACGGUCUUGGCGGAUUGGGGCCGGAGUACCUCUUGCACGCAGCGGGUCCCGGCAGCACCAUCGCCUCAUCCGAGUUUCCCUUCUCUCUGGACGGUUCGAGGUUGGGCAGUCCCCGGGCAUCAGCGAUAAGAGCCAGUAGGAAGAGAGCGCUGAGCAGCUCGCCGUACUCGGAUCGCUUCGACCUCGACAGCAUGAUACGAUUCAGUCCCAACAGCCUCGCCUCGGUCAUCAACGGCUCGAGGAGCAGCAGCGCCAGCGGUAGCUACGGCCAUCUAUCAGCAGCGAUGAGUCCAGCGCUAGGCAUACACCCAGGCAUGGCGCCAAAUCUGCAGCAACUGCACGCGCACCUGUUGCGCAGCGUGAUGAUGCCGCACCACGCGCCGCCACCGCCGCCACCGCCGCCGCCGACGUCGGCCGCGGUACCGACGGCAGCGCCGCCGCCACCACCGCCGGCGAUCGCCAGCCAGCCGACCACUCAGCUGCACCACGCGCAGCUCUACCCCGUUGGCUCGCCGUCGCACUUGGCCCAUGCUCCCGUACCGCCCAAGUCCGAGCAGCCCCAGCAGGCGCAAAUCGACUCGUGCAGAAAAGGCUCGGACGUGUCGAUGUCGAGUCGGCCGUCGGUUACUGCUGCCGAGGCCGAUACUUCCUCCAGACGAGGCUCGACCAAGGUGAAGAAGGAGCCGGCCACCACGACUGUGAACGCCGCCACGAGCACCGUACCCAACAGUCAUCACGCGCAAGGACUCAGUCCCAGCGAUGAUCUCAGAGACGAGCCUGGCGAUUUCAUCGAGACCAAUUGCCACUGGAAAGACUGCGGCCUCGAAUUUCCUACGCAGGACGACCUGGUGAAGCACAUCAACAAUGACCACAUACACUCGAACAAGAAGAGUUUCGUGUGCGGUUGGGAGCAGUGCUCGCGCGAGGAAAAGCCAUUCAAGGCGCAGUACAUGCUGGUCGUACACAUGCGGAGGCACACAGGCGAGAAGCCGCACAAGUGCACGUUCGAAGGAUGCUUCAAGGCCUACUCGAGACUGGAAAACUUGAAAACGCACUUGCGGUCGCACACGGGCGAAAAGCCGUACACCUGCGAGUAUCCCGGCUGCAGCAAGGCUUUCAGCAACGCCAGCGACCGCGCCAAGCAUCAAAACCGAACGCACUCCAACGAGAAACCUUACGUGUGCAAAGCGCCAGGCUGCACCAAGAGGUACACCGAUCCGUCGUCGCUCCGCAAGCACGUCAAGACGGUACACGGCGCGGAAUUCUACGCGAACAAGAAGCACAAGGGCGGCGGCAACGGUGGCGGUGCCGAUGGCGGCGGCAGCGACGAAGCGGGCGCCGGCGGCCACAGCAGCCCCAGUCGCAGCGAAGAUUUGCACCCGAAAACCCCGAGCCUCUCCAGUCCAAGCGUCAAGUCCGAGAGCGAAGCCAACAGUCCGCCCGGCAUGAUGAAUCAACAGGGCAGUCCCAUGCACGUGGCCAGCUGCAACGACGAGACGUCCAUGGGCAUCGGCAAUCUCGCCGGCGACGGCUUGAUUUCGCUCGACGAGCAUUACUACGAGGAGCCCGAGAAUCUCGACAUUGCCGACUUACCGGUUGCCAUUCGUGCCAUGGUCGGUGGAAUGGAGCAGCAGCAGCAGCCAGUGCCCGUAAGCUCGCGCAACCGACUGAAGAACCGCCUCGUCUCGAAGCCAGGCGUGAGCUUGUCACCACUCGGCCUCGGUGGCAACAUGCGCGUGGGUCGUGGAAUCGGCAACCUCGGCGAACUGAAUCGACGCAUAACGGAUCUGAAGAUGGAAGGCGGCUGCGGCGGCGUUCAACAGCAGCCCCGUCAAACGAGCCUGGCCGAUUUGCAGCUGAGGUUGCAGCCGUUCAGCGAGCCACGCCGCGACAGCAGCAGCACGGUCAGCACGUACUAUGGCAGCAUGAAGUCGGCGGACUUUGGCAGUAGCCGGCGCAGCAGCCAAGCGAGCAACGUCAGUGCCAUACGACCUGGACAGAUGGGACCGGGAAGCUUUUACGAUCCGAUAAGUCCCGGCUGCUCCAGGAGGAGUAGUCAAAUGAGCACUGCGUCCGCGAGGAUGAACAUGCCCGGACAACCGUUGGGACCGUUCUCCACGAGUAACCUGGUGGUUCAGACGCAGAACAUGUCGCUCCAGAGUAAUCAAGCACUGGGCAACGACUGGUCACUGCCUGCGCACGCGCCCGCCAGCAUAACGGGCGAUCGUCGCAUGUCGGAGCCAGCUCGGGGCUAUCAAAGCCAGCGGGUGUCGCCGCCAAUGCCGCCGAGGCCACGCUCGGCUCAGCUUCCGGAGCUCCAUCCGAAUCAAGAGGUCGUGCUGGACGAGGUCGGCGAAGGCGAAAUGGUGGAGAAUAAGCUGGUCAUCCCCGACGAGAUGAUGCAGUACCUGAACCAAGUGCAAGCCGGCGGCACCGCGAGCUAUCGCGGCAGUCCCUUGCCGAACUGCCGAUCGCCGAUCUGCACGAGUCUGCAGCACUGCGGCCCGUCGAGGCACCAGAUGCAGCCAAACUACAGCCAGUGCUACGCCAAUCCACAGACGCCGGAUUACUCGUCGUCGGUGGGAUCGCCCUAUUCCCAGUGUCCCAACUCGCACCUGUCGAAUCGAGGAGUCGAACAGUCAGCCGCGUACUACGGACCGCAAUCGUGCUCGGUCUCGCCGGCUCAAGGCUUCGCGUCCGAUCAACCGAUGAGCUCGCCGGCGGCCGGGGCUCUUGCGCCGGCUCAAGGGAUGCCCAAUCCACACCAGAGCAGCGCGCAGAUGAGUCGCAACUGCGCGCAGAACGGCGAGCAUGGGGCCUACUAUCGGAGCUACGGCUGCCAGUCUCAGAUGAGCACCGUCAAUAGUUGCGCCCAGCAGAUGAGAGCCCAGCCGAUGUCCCAGUCCUGCUCGCCGCCCGCCAUGCACGGCAGCGUGACGCAGACGUGCAGCGUCGGCCACGUGGUGCGCCCGCCGAGCAACCCCUGCCAACCACUGUCGCCGCUUUGCCAGCAGCAGGUGCAGAGCGCUCGUCCGAUGUCCGCGGGCGUGAUGCCGAGCGAGCAGUGCUCGAUGGGGGGCGGCGUGCACGGUGCUGCUGGCACGAGGACCACGCCAAAGCCAGUGAUGAGCCCAGCGAUGAACGAUUGCCCCAGAUCGGUGGCGUCCUUCUGCUCGCAACCAAGUCCCGGCGGUUCGAAUCCCGUGGACGUGCAGGUCCAGAGCCCGUGCUCGCAGCUCUCCGGUGGCAGUUGCGUGCACCCAAAUCCCAGAGCCAUGAGUCAGGCGAGCGCGAUGCCGAAGGAUAGGACGUGCGGCCAAGCCGGCUGCCGCGCGCAGUACUGCUGCCAGCAGUCGAGUCAGCCUGACCAGAGGUACAACGGGUGCGGCGGCAGCGAGUGCCAGUGGACACCGAGUUACAACGCCGCCGAGCCCUGCUGCAUGGCGGCUAAUCGUCACCACCCAGGCGCGGGCCACACGCCGGAAAUCCAGUGCCGCGACAUCAGUCAAUCACAGCAGGGCUCCCCGGUGAAACCACCUCAGGGCAUGCGCCAGGAUUCGUAUCGCAGGACUUUGGAGUACGUGCAGCAGUGUAGAAAUUGGUCGGGCAAUGGUACCGAAACAAGCGUAAGCAGCUCGACUCAUCCGAUGGCGCUGCCGCAGCAGUUGUCGAGCAACACUAAUAUGCUUCUCAACGACAUGACCUCCUCUCUAAAUUCUCUCCUGGAAGAGAACAGAGUUCUUCAGUUGACUAAUAUGAUCUAGUGAUCUCACGCCUCUAUCGAUUCUAGUAAUUUUUAUUAUCGUUGCGCGUCAACUUCCUAUCGACGCGUGCGCUGACUGUACUUCCAGAUCAAUACGAUGAAGAGAACAAAUGAAAUAAAACGCGACCAGUGAUAAUGAAAAUUAAAAAAUGAGAAAAAAUUCGACGGAUGGAGAUUACAAAGGAUUACAAAAAGAGAGAAAAUUUUUUUUUUAUGAGUAUGACCAACGACGCAAACUGUGAUAUCUGACUGGAUAGAAAAUCGAAAGGCGAACGCAUGACAAACUUAGCGCGUAGACUUUUAAACACACAUGGCCAAUAUUAGUUUGUUAAGACGCUGUAGAUAGUCCUUUUUCCGUAGAGCGAGUAGACUUUUAUACGUGUAUCUCUUUGCAAAACUUCUUUUCUUUUAUAGGUUAAUCUUUUAUCUUCCCAUCCUUUUUCUAUUGAGCUCAUGUAUAAGCGACGAGAGAAUGCCCAGAGACUUAGAUAUUAAUCUACCUGUUUUUGUUACGGAUAUGUAUGUUUUUUCUUACGAAUUAUACAUUACAUAUUAUCAUUUUUUUUUAAAUAAGCUACAGUUAAGGGAGUGCGAGUUUUUUUUGUGAAUAUUAUAAAUACGACUGACUAUUGUAAUUUGUAUACUUUAGACGGCGGCACGUUCAAACGCGCGCUAUACAUGUAUUUUUUAAAUGAAUUUUUCUUUUUGUAAAAAAAGCGAACAAAGUGUGCCUUAUUAUAUGUGCGAUAUCCGGAAUAAAAUUCAACUACCAAGAGAUUGUUAAACUAUUUAAAUGACCAAUAAAAAUUCAGCGGAAUCAU